AUCGCGUUUCAACUCAGCAAUGAAAAUCUUCCUGAAUUAAGGCCAGGUUCACCAGUCACGAAGGAGGUUAAUGAUUCGUCAACUUCAACGUCGCCUUAUAUCUCACCUGUCCCUGAAAAUGAUAUAUUACUUGGCACGAAGCCAGAAGAUCCGCUAACCGAUAUCACCACAAAUACAGUCGCUGCAGCUGCAGCUGGAACAUUUGGAGAUAAUGUCAAUGGGCAUCAAUUCAAUCAACUUUUUAAUUAUGUAAACCAUAUAGACGAAGUAGAAAUCGCUCCAGGAUGUUCUCAAAGGGUUAUUUUAUCUUUUUUACCUGAUCGUCGUUCUAAAAACCGAAGAUCAAUCGCGGAUAAUUCUAUGACAACGGAUGAUAUCAGUGGUGUGUCUAUUAUUACAAUGAACCCUAAUAGAGUAGAGGAUUCAAGAGUUAAUGCUAAUCUAUUUACACCAUCACUUGAAGAAAAUGAGACUUUUGAUUUUUUUGAAAUCAAUGGUCUUUUGUUCUUUUUUGCUUACGUAAUUGACAAGCAAGAUGAUAAUGAUAUAAAUACUCACUCUUUGGCGCCUUCGAUCAUGGAAGUCAAUAUAGGAAAAGAUUCAGAAUAUAUUCAAUUUCCAUCCUCUGAUAAUAAAUUAUCCAAAUCCGAUAUCGAGAGCGUGCCUUUUCGUGACAUAGAGACUAUCAAUGGCACUUCCAAAGCAGAUCACCAGAUUACCGUCAAGCUUCGUUCUACAGUAUGUCGUUCUGUGUUGUGGACAGACGUUGGAGAAACUGGAAUAAACUUUGAUGACU